GAGGCGGCCUGUAACUGGAGUUGGAUGGAGUGGCGAAUGGUGGUGAGGGGCGGGGCGGUAAGGUUUUUAAGGGGGUUGGAGGGGAUGUGAUGAGGGCGACCAACACGGUGUUCUGAGUUGCGCUGCCUGUCUUGUGCUGCUGCACUUUGACAGUUCUAAAAAUGGUCUGAAAUGUCGUGAUUACUUCUCUACAAUGACGAAAACGAUUGUGGAGAACAGGAUGUUUUAAGUUUUUGUGAAAUGAAAAUAUGGAACAAUGAUACUUAUUCUCUCAGAAAUAAAUACAAAACGGUGCUCAUCGUUCUUCACAAUAAUUGUGCAUCCACUUGCUUUCAAGAAGCCAGAUUGUAUUCUCUAGUAUUUAUAAUUUGACAACAGCAUUUUAAAAUGCCUAGCUCUCUAUUAUUUGCUAUCAAUAAUGAGGGCCGUGUGUUUGGCCUGUCUACUACUGGCACAAGAUGGAGAGAAUUUGUGUACUUAGGUUUGGAAUUCAAACAUCUUUCAGCAGUUCCUCAUUUCAUGUGGGCUGUUGGAGGGGAUAGGCAGAUUUAUGUUCACGUCCAUGGUUUGGAUAUUCCCAUCAGAAUUAAAGAAGAAUCAUAUGAAAAUGAGCGUUGGCUGCCAGUAGAAGGUUUCUCAAGUCGGCUGCUGCCUACAGAUCGCUAUCAUUAUUCUAGUCAAGAUGGCACACGUGACAGGAGUUUUGAUAAAGUGACAUUACCUUCUAUGGCAUGGCAAUGGGAGGGAGAGUGGCAUCGUGAAACAACCCUCGAUGGCCAACCGUUGGACCAUGAUGGUUGGACUUACGCUGUUGAUUUUCCUGCUACAUUUCAUGCCAAGAAGCAAUGGAAAUCUUGUGUCAGGCGGAGAAAAUGGAUAAGAUAUCGUCGAUACGUUGCAAUGAAUUCUUGGUGUGCAGUAGCUCCCCUCCACAAAGAUCCCACUCAGGAGGUUACAAAUUUCCUUGUUGUGCAGGAACCAUUCAUUGAUGUUGCAAUAGGGGGACAAAACAUACCUGGAGGGAAUCCAGGUACUUUACUUGUUUGGGCCAUUACAGCCCAUGGCCGGGUGAUGUUUCGAACCGGUGUGAGCACUACAGCUCCAGAGGGAUUGCGAUGGCAAGUAAUGAAUGUACCACAAGGGUGUGAAGUUAACCAAAUAAGUGUAGGGGCCACAGGUCUAGUGUGGGCUGUGCUUUGGAAUGGCAGGGCCCUUGUUAGAACUGGAGUAACAAGAGAUAGUCCCACUGGUGAGGCUUGGAUUGAAGUUCUACCUCCUGAUGAAUCUUUGAAGUUAAUUCAGGUGUCGGUUGGAACAAAUGCAGUAUGGGCUGUCACUCAGGACCAUCGUGUGUGGUUUCGGAAAGGGAUUAGAGGGGAAGGUUCUGGAAUGAAUGAAGAACUGGCAAGAGGUUCUGGUUGGGUGGAAAUGGUUGGCAAUAUGUCUCUGGUGUCCGUUGCUGCAAAUGAUCAGGUGUGGGCAGUUGGAAGUGAAGACCGUUGCCUUUACUUCCGAACUAGUGUUCUGCCAUCUGAACUCACAGGCAAGAAAUGGCGAGCCAUCCAGGCACCCACCCAGCUAAGCCGCACAAGCAGCAAUGCCAGCCUUUGGUCAGUGAGGCACAGAGAGAGCUUGAGUGGCACACCUCGGCAGCAGCGGGUACGCAGUUGGACAUCUUUACCUCGAAAUAGCGGUUCUGGAGAUGCCCCUGGCCCCCUCAAAGAUUGGGAGGCAUUUGGUGAAACAUCACGCUCUGCACCCACCCCCACUUCUCUCCGCUUGUGGCAGAAGAGUACAGAUGGUACCUCGGCCACUUCCAGCAAAGCCAACUGCUCAGAGGAGUCUAUUACUGAGAGCAACAUCAUAUCUUCUCACAGAGGUGACGAAGAAUCAAAUUCUGCACAUGGGAGUACAGGAGCAAUCAAUUCAAUAUCAGCCAUCCAAGAACACACUGAAGAUGGUGUAAAACUGCACUCAAAAAUAGGACCAGAUGGUAUAAAGAAAAAUCCUACUGUGUGGAGUCCAGUUAGAAGUGCUGGUUCAAUGGUCGGCAUGGAGGCUCACCCAGAAUCGGAUAGAAGUGUUUUUGACCCAGAUACAUCUGGUGACUCUGGCGUAUUUGGAGAAGAUGAUGAUGCCAAUGGAGAAAUGUUUUGGGCAGAAUUUGACAUUGUAUGGUGCACAGUAGCUGCUGGUGCGGUUUUAAUUGAUCCUACGUGUCCUCCAAACUGGUUUAUUGAGAACCCAUUAUCAGGAGAUGUGGAACUUACUCGACCCUGGCGUGUACAAAUAUUGCAGGAACUACAAAGACGAGAUAAACAUUUAAUUGGUUUUGAAAAUUAUGAAAAAGCAAUAGAAAUGGCUUCUUGGGUGAAAACAGGAGAUGCUCGUUGUAUAUUAAAAGACUCUUUAAAUCAUUUGGAAGACUGUGUACUUGAAUUGGAAUGGGUUGGUAGCAACAAAGGUAGCUUAGACUCUGGAACUUUGACUAUUUUGAGUCCAGAAAGAACACAGACAAAGGUCCAGUUCAGUCUGUCGGAAAUAACAUGUAUCGUUUGCUGCAGCGAACCUUCCCAUCCUCGAAUAGCAAUUCACACUCCAUCUCUUACGAAUCAAACGUCUUGUGUUAAGUUGCAGUUCACAGGAGAUACAGAAAUGGAAGAUUGGAUGGCAAAUCUGACUUCAGUUUGUUGUCAGAUGAAUAAUGUUCAUGGGUCACCCAAUCCAGCUUCUAUGUGGUGUACAACUGCCCUUGGAGAUGUAUUUGUAUUUGAUCCAACAGUAUUCGAAAGUUCCCAAAUGAAAGGAGAAUUCUAUGAACAAGAGACAGAUUUGGCAGGCACUUCUGCACCGUAUGAAGUGAGUCUACAUAAUGGUUUUCCACCAGGAACUGUAAUGACUGUGAUUGGAGCUCCUCAUGAUGCUGUAGAAAGGUUUGCCAUCAAUUUGCAGUGUCUGUCUUUAACAAAAAACAAACCUGACAAGAAUGCUAAUGAUGUAGCUCUUCAUUUCAACCCUCGUUUCAAAGACAAUGCCAUAGUGAGAAAUUCCAUGGCAGCUGGCUGUUGGGGAGAAGAGGAAACAGAAGGACCUUUGCUCUUGAAACCAGGAGUGGAGUUCACUAUUACAAUUGAGUGUGAAACAGAUGGAUAUAAGAUUCUUAUUGACAACAAAAUAUUUACCUAUUUUGAGCAUCGACAGAAACCACAUAAUGUCACUCAUGUUUAUAUAUAUGGAGGAGUAACAGUUACAAAAGUCAUCUACAAAUCAAAAAUGGUAAUUGUACCUCCAGUUGAAAUGUUCUGGAGGCAAAUGGGAGGUCAUCUUCGGCGUGUAGAAACAUGUGCUGUAGGUGUUACAUGGGGAAUCGGGUAUGAUAAUACAGCUUGGGUAUACACAGGUGGUUGGGGAGGAUCAUUUUUAAAAGGUUUGGAAACCAGCAGCACUGGUAUUAAUCCUAUGGCAGACACUCAUUGCUUCUAUGUUUAUGAGAACCAACGAUGGAAUCCUCUAACUGGAUAUACUUCUCAUGGUUUACCCACUGAUCGGUACAUGUGGAGUGAUGUCACAGGGAGACAUAAAAGGACAAGAGAGAAAACGAAAUUGCUCUCAAUGCAUUGGCAAUGGGUAACUGACUGGACUGUGGAUUUCCAUACGCCAGGAGGAGUCGAUAAAGAAGGAUGGCAGUAUGCAAUGGACUUUCCUGCUACCUAUCACGCACAAAAACACUUCACAGACUAUGUUAGGCGGAGACGCUGGGUACGCAAGUGCCGACUUACAACUAGUGGGCCUUGGCAAGAGUUGGGCAAUACCAAACUAGUCGAUGUCUCUUUACAUGUGAACAAUCCAUCUGAACUUGACAGCCCAGUAUCAGUUUGGGCUGUUGCUGCAAAUGGAGAUGUUGUUUUUAGAAGAGGCGUUAGCCAAUCUUGUCCUACUGGUACAGCAUGGGAACAUGUACCUAGUGAUCAACCUCUUGCAAGUAUAAGCUGUGGUCCUGACAAUCAAGUUUGGGCUGUUGGUAGAAAUGGAUCAGCUUAUUGGAGAUUGGGAAUUACUGAUUUCAAGCCAACAGGAGAAGUCUGGGUGACUGUGGAACCACCAAGUGGCAAAACUUUAAAACAGAUUUCUAUUGGGAAGUGUGGAAUUUGGAUCCUAGAUUCUCAAGGGCAACUUUCUGUUCGGAGAGAAGUAAUACCUGCCUUCCCUGAAGGGACUCACUGGCAAACAUUACCAACAAGUCCAAAUGAUGCUGCUAAUCAAGAUAGAGCUAGUUCUGGGGUAAUUCCAGCCACAUCAACUGGGUUCCGCUGUAUUUCAGCGGGAGCUGUAAAUGGAGAGGUUUGGGCAGUAACAGCAUCAGGUAUUGUGUCCCGACGUCAUGGAGUCACUGCUGAAAACCCAGCUGGAACUGGAUGGAUCCAUGGUGUAGGAGGAAACUGGCAACAUGUUAGUGCCCGAGGAUACAACACUAAAUUACAAACUAACACUUGAUGACAUGUUUAAAAUUGCGGCUGAAAUAAAUGUCUAUCUACAAACCUGUAUGAACAGGUAAUAUUAUUUAUGAAAAAAAUGCUAGUAUAGUGUUGGGCAGAUGGACAACUGUUGGACAACAGGAUGAACAUUAUGUUGGUGUUCUGGAGCAGCGUUUGCUAUUAGACCAAGUUCUUUCCCCACUCCUGUUUCAGCCAAGCAUAUAUAUGCUUUACAUGUAGGCUUUGAGAAUGUUAUUGUUAAAUAGCACUGCACAUAAGGUAUUCACAAAUUUUUAUUUGUUACCCAAAUUUUGCGAGUAGACUUUUUUCUGUGAUAUAAUUACUGUGAUUUAUUAGUAGGUAUUUAGAAGUAGACAAAACAUUUGAUACAUUGAGUGUUGUUUGCUUAAUGUAACCCCAAAUGAACACAUUCCUUAGUUGGUCAAUAUACCAAUUUCAGAUAAUGUCUUGUGUGUAACAUUUUCCUCUCACCAUACUCUGUACAAUACAGCUUGGUAAAUUUUCUCUCUUUUUUUCUUCCUUAUUCUUAAGGACCAAAUAUGCAAGAAAUGUGUGUUAUGGCAAUUAAUAUUUGAAUAGAAUUCAUUAUUCUGAAUCUUAAGAAAAUAUGUGACAAUUCUCAGGUUUUUUGUAAGGAACAAGUAUUGAAAUAGAAAAUAAUUUUGUUGCAACAUCAAACAUGUUUAAAAAUUAUUCAGAAUUCCUGUGAUGCCUAUUAAUAUUUUGUACAAAUAUGCUUUGAAAUAAAGAAUUGUGUAUGCACUUCAAAGAA